AUGUUUGCCACCCCAGACGGUUCUGAUCGGUCGCGUGGGUCGACAGUGGAGAACGACCCCAAUGUGCAAUACCUUAGUGACUCGGCCAAGGCCUGCGCUGUCCUGAAGGCGGUGAGCCACCUACAAGACUUCCUUGCAACAACAAUCCUUCUUUCUCAUUUCUUCUUUAGCGAUUCCUUCUUUAUGAGGAGACCUUUUACUAUGACAACGGAAGAAGAAAGCGUCGCAUUGUUGCUACAGCAGCUCCAGGAGCUCCGUACAGAGAUGCGGACUCAGAAACAACAGCUCCAAGAAGAGAAUAACAGCUUACGGGCGGAACUACAGGCCUUACCACUACAGUUACAUCCGCAAACGCCCACCCCCUACGAACGAAGCUAUCCCCGUCCUUGUCACCCGGAUGUCGAACCCUUUACUGGAGAAGACCCUAAGGACUACCCUCCUUUCCAGAUGAACCUUUGUACGAAGUUUGCAAUCGACGCCGCCUGCUACCCUACAGAGGAGGAACAAGUUUACUAUGCCUACAGCCGCCUGAGAGGAAAAGCCAGCCAGCGUGUACUACCAUGGCUCUUGGCUCGCCAGAAAUCUGAGACUCCCGUGCUAUGGGCAGAAUUCUCCGCGGUACUAGACAAGGCCUUUGGUGACCCUGACCGACAGAGAAAGGCUCUUGUACGAGUGAAUACAAUGAAGCAAGGGAAACGUGACUUUGAAGAGUUCUUGAAUGAAUUUGACGAAGAACUUCUUAAUGCUGGAGGGAUUAAUUGGGAUGAUAACCAGAAGAAGGCCUUGUUGGACACGGCAAUUAAUGUUGAGUUGCUAAAAGCCAUGGUUGGUAUUAGGCAGGAGGAUUCGUACGACAACUACUGUAAUCAACUGCGCGAAAUCAACCACAACCUCCAGAGAGUGGCCAGGCUUACACGAAAAGGAUCUCGCGCUGCUGUCCCCACGCAUGUCGCUUGUACAAGACCAGCAGGAGGCUCUGACCGGACCGGGACCCCUGAUCAAAUGGACUGGGAAGCCACCCAUGCUCAAAUUGCAGCCCUACAAAAGGAAGUCGCGGCCCUCCGUACAAAAGGGACCAGGACCCCAAGAAAAGCUAGUCAGGCGCCUGCAGAGGAGAAGCAAAAGAGGUUGUCUGAGGGCAAAUGCCUACGCUGCGGCUGCCUGACCUAUGGGGUAAUCAGUGACAAGUUUGUCAAGAUACAUCAAAUACCCACUAUACCUAUCCACCCGAAACCUUUCAAGGGAGUGACUGGGAAUAUAGAGGAGAUUAAUAAGAUUGUACGGGUUCAGCUAGACAUCGGGGCGCAUACAGAAAAAGGAGCCUACUUCUAUGUGAUACCCGAUAACCUGGGCUAUGACUUGAUCUUGGGACUCCCCUGGCUGGAGCAACAUGAUGGAAGGUUAGAGGCUAAGAGGGGCAGGCUGUACCUCUGUACUACUGGAGUCCGUCUAUGGAGUACUACAAAGAGGCCCUUACCAAAGCUGAACAUAGCACAGAUAUCCGCCGCAACCAUGGGAGGAUUUAUACAAAGGAAAAGGUGCCGUGGCCAAGAUAUUGAGAUAUUUGCGGUCUUAUUGGCAGAUAUACAGAAGGCACUGGCCCCAAAGAGACAUAUUGACCCCUGUACAAAGCUACCAAGGCAAUACUGGAAAUACCUAAGGCUCUUUGAACAAGACAAAGCAGAAGAACUACCACCGCACCAGGGAGAUGGGAUUGAUCACAAAAUCGAGCUCGUACAGGAGGAGAGUAGGAAGGAUCCUGAAGUCCCCUGGGGCCCCCUUUACAACAUGACCCAGGAAGAACUAAUAGUCCUCCGGAAAACACUCUCUGAACUAUUACAGAAAGGCUUUAUCCGCGUGAGCCAUUCCCCAGCUGCAGCCCCAGUACUCUUUGUACAAAAACCAGGAGGAGGACUGCGGUUCUGCGUCGACUACCGUGCUCUAAAUGCCAUUACCAAGAAGGACCGCUAUCCAUUGCCCCUGAUCCAUGAGACACUGAACCAAAUUGGACAAGCCAGAUGGUUUACUAAGCUGGAUGUGUCUGCUGCCUUCCAUAAGAUCCGCAUAGCCAAAGGCCAGGAAUGGAUGACUGCCUUCCGUACGAGAUACGGGCUCUUUGAAUGGCUAGUCACCCCUUUUGGGUUGGCUAAUGCACCGAGCACCUUCUAA